AUGUCAGAGUCAUCGUCAAACUUGAAUCCAGAUGGAACUGAGUUUCCAGACCCUAAUGACGUGCCACCACCAUCGGAAGAUCAAUUGACUGAAGAGGAUCUAUUCCGGAUGCGUUCUCUGACAAUCAAUUCGAAAAAAGGACUUUCAGUUGUUGGUGGUGCAAGUGAGACAGCCGAGCAGUCCAUCAUAUCACUCGCAGAUUCGACUUCAAAUUUUGAUGAGCAUGUUGGAGAUGAUGCCGAGUUGGAUUAUGAGCUGGAACAAGCUCCUGAAGCAACAGAAGAUGGUGCAGUGGUGAACAAUCCUGUUUGUGGAGGGUACCAUUUCGGAAGGAAAAGAGCAGAUGACUUCGUCCCAAAUGCCAAUACAGUAACAGUGCUCAAAUGGCCUACAAAUCUGGCGAUUCCUCCACGCAACCCCGUGCUGAGCGAUUCUGAUGAAGAAUGGAAGAAAGCGAUUCUCGACUCCACCAUUUAUCUCAUCGGUACAGCUCACUUUUCAAAAGAGUCGCAGGAAGACGUAUCCAACACAAUUCGUGCUGUGCAACCUGAUUUUGUCAUGCUUGAGCUGUGUCCAUCACGAAUUUCAAUCAUAUCGAUGGAUGAGGCUCGGCUUUUGAGCGAAGCGAAAGAUCUCAACUCUCAAAAAAUUAUUCAGACCAUGAAACAAAACGGCGCGAUUCAAGGAAUUCUGCACGUUCUUCUCCUGUCAAUGUCAGCGCAUGUAACACGUGAACUUUCCAUGGCUCCCGGAGGAGAAUUCCGUGCUGCUCAUCGUGCAGCAGUUGCAACUGAGAAUUGUCGUGUAGUUCUCGGUGAUCGUCCUAUUCAAGUUACACUUCAACGUGCACUGGCUUCUCUCUCCAUCUGGCAAAAAAUUCGCUUCUUCUUCCACGUUGCAUUUUCACAUCGUGAGAAGAUAACUGCAGAAGAGGUGGAACGAUGCAAGCAACGUGACCUUCUGGAGCAACUUCUCGCCGAGAUGGCUGAUGAUUUCCCACAACUAUCCCAAAUCUUUGUGGAAGAGCGUGAUGCCUACAUGACGCAUGCUUUGCAUAUGCUCGUACACCGGAACUCAGUCGAAAAACGUGCACAAUGGCUUCGUGGAACAACUGGGCAACAAUUUCAACCGUUGACAGUUGUUGCUGUCGUUGGAAUCGGACAUACUCCAGGAAUUGUUAACAAAUGGAAUACAAAUAUUGAUUUUGAUCCACUUAUGAACAUCCCACCACCAAGCCUCGGAACAAAGGUUUUCUCCACUGGCGUCCGUAUUGUUGUCUGGGGAUCUUUGGGAUAUUUGGCUUAUCGUGGAGGACGUGCUAUCUUCAAUCGUGUUAGCACAUUCAUAGAGUCUCGUUGAACAACUCAUUGAUUGAAGCGGGCACAACAGCAUAGCAGCCGUCUACAUUCGAUCUACAGGCGUUUUCAUCGUUAUUUUGUUCUUUCCUAAAAUGUUUAUGUCUAAUUAUUGGACUUUUAAUCGCUUUUUCUUGUAAUGUGAUACGAUUUCUAGGGUGUAGAUAGGUUGAGAAUUGAAACAAAAUUUUUCUUCUCCCAUUUUUUUCUAAACUAUCCUUUUCUGUUAAAUGCCCAAACAAAUUGCAAUUUAUUUAUUAGUCCCACCCGCUUCUUCCGUUUAUCGAUUGAUUUAUUCUCGUUUUCUUUGUAAAAUACACAAAUAAUUUAAAUUAUUCAUCUCUCUAUUGCAAAAUCCCCUUCUACAAGUCCCCAUAUUCAGCUCGCUGGUCGUAUAAAUGACACAUUUC